CUAAGUAUUCCCAAUGAAAUUUGAUUUGUUUUUUUAAUUUGCAUGGAAGCUAGGUGUAAAAUAAAGAUUUGUCCAAGUUUCUUACAAACAACAACUUAGUAUUUACUCAAAAUAAGAACAAAUAAUGUUGGCUGGUAAGACAGAGCAACACGAUUCAGCCAAAACAAAAAGCUUCCUCCCUGAAGGGGAAAGACCCAUAUGCAGAAGAAGAAAUAGCUUGGCAAUGCUUUUACUGUCCUGCACUUUGACUGUAUUGGAUCCAUUGGAAAAGGCCUUCUCUUUCUCUUUUUCACACUCUUAUUUUUCUCAUCUUUAGGGUUUAUCCCUCUCUUUUCUCUCACUGAAUCCGCUUAUUCCACCGAAUCUUCUCUUGCGGUUCAAGUUAGUAUACUACUCAAAGACUAGAGUGAGUAGUUUAGUUUAGUUUUCUCUCGUUUUCUGGUUCUAUAACAAAAUAGACUAUCCGGGUCUUGUUUGUUUGGUGGUUGUUGAUCCUCUUUUGUUGGGUCGAAGUUUGGUGGUGGGUGAGAGGCUGAGAGCAAAAUAGAGGAACAAUGAAGUUUUCUUGUUAUAUGGGUCCUGGUUAGUUUUGCAUUUUGCUGGCUUUGAUUUUAAGUUCUGGGUUUCAGAUUCAAAUGGCGGAUACUGGCAUUGAGAAAUUGUUCUCUGCGAGGAAGGCCUUGCAGCUAAGCUUAGAGAAAUCAAAAGUCUUAGGGUUAGCUCUUGAAAAAGCAGGGCCAAGAUUACAUGAGAUUAAUCUAAGAUUGCCCACUUUAGAGGCUGCUGUACGGCCCAUUCGUGCUGACAAGGAUGCGCUUGUUGCUGUUGGGGGCCACAUUAACCGUGCUGUGGGUCCUGCUGCCGCUGUGCUUAAGGUUUUCGAUGCAGUUCAUGGGUUGGAGAAAUCAUUAUUAUCGGAUCCUAGGAAUGAUCUUCCUGGCUAUCUAUCAGUGAUGAAACGCCUCGAAGAGGCGUUGAGGUUUUUGGGUGAUAAUUGUGGAUUGGCGAUUCAGUGGUUGGAGGAUAUUGUCGAGUAUUUGGAGGACAAUCGAGUGGCUGACGAGAAGUACCUUUUGAGUUUGAAGAACUCCCUGAUGGGUCUUAGGGAGUUGCAGAAUGGUGAAGGAAGAGUUCGCCUUGAUGGUGGGCUUUUAGAUGCUUCAUUGGAUAAAUUAGAAAGUGAAUUCCGGCGGCUCUUGACUGAACAUACUGAGCCUCUACCCAUGUCAUCACCUUCAGCACUAGGUGAACAAGCUUGCAUUGCCCCAUCACCUUUGCCAGUGACCGUUAUUCAGAAGUUGCAAGCAAUUCUUGGUAGGUUGAUUGUGAAUAAUAGACUUGAAGAAUGCAUAUCGAUUUAUGUAGAUGUUCGUGGCUCAAAUGUGAGAGCAAGUUUGCAGGCACUUAAUUUGGACUAUCUUGAGAUAUCUACUUCAGAAUUUAGUGAUGUACAGAGUAUAGAGGGGUAUAUAGCACAGUGGGGAAGGCAUUUGGAAUUUGCGGUGAAGCAUUUGUUUGAGGCCGAGUUCAAGCUUUGUAAUGAUGUGUUUGAGAGGAUUGGAUUAGAUGUGUGGAUGGGGUGCUUUGCAAAGAUUGCUGCACAAGCAGGAAUGCUUGCAUUUCUUCAAUUUGGGAAGACUGUUACUGAGAGUAAGAAAGAUCCAAUUAAGCUUUUGAAGUUACUGGAUAUCUUUGCAUCUCUGAACAAGUUAAGAUUGGAUUUUAAUCGACUCUUCGGUGGAGCAGCAUGCGAGGAAAUCCAAAACUUGACAAAGGAUCUCAUCAGGGGAGUGAUUGAUGGUGCGGCGGAGAUUUUCUAUGAACUUUUGGUUCAGGUGGAAUUACAGAGACAAAUCCCACCUCCUCCAGAUGGGAGUGUUCCCAAAUUGGUGAGCUUUGUCAGUGAAUACUGUAAUAAACUGCUUGGGGAUGAUUAUAAGCCAAUUCUGACUCAGGUCCUAGUGAUUCACCGAAGUUGGAAGCAUGAGAAGUUCCAAGAGAGGCUUCUUAUUAAUGAGGUUGUGAAUGUGAUAAAAGCUAUUGAAGGGAAUAUAGAAGCAUGGAUAAAGGCUUAUGAAGAUACCACUUUAUCCCUUUUUUUUGCUAUGAAUAACCAUUGGUAUUUGUACAAGCAGUUGAAGGGAACAAAGCUUGGCAAUCUCUUGGGUGAUUCUUGGUUAAGAGAACAUGAACAAUACAAGGACUAUUAUUCCACAAUCUUCUUUAGAGAUAGCUGGGGAAAGCUCCCAAAUCAUCUAAGCCGAGAAGGUCUGAUUAUGUUCUCAGGUGGGCGUGCAACUGCUCGUGAUCUCGUGAAGAGAAGGCUAAAAGCAUUCAAUGAAGCUUUUGAUGAGAUGUACACGAAGCAGGCAUAUUGGAUUAUCUCAGAAAAUGAUCUGAGGGAGAAGACAUGCCAUCUUAUUGUGCAGAGUAUUGUGCCUAUCUACAGAAGCUAUAUGCAGAAUUAUGGACCCUUGGUUGAGCAAGAUGCAAAUUCCAGCAAGUAUGCAAAAUAUUCAAUGCAGGAUUUUGAGAGAAUGCUGACAUCCCUUUUUCAGCCAAAGCCUGAUAGAUAUGGCAGUUUUAAAGGCAGGCCGCCUGGUGGAAAAUUCAACAAUAGUACGAUGGAUCUUCGUCGCACUGCUUCUGCAGUUAUGUGAUUCCCCAUUGUUAUUAAUUCAUCAUGUAUAUACUGAUUGCUGGGAUUCUUCAACUAUUUAUUAACACCUCUCUUUUCUUGCAUUUGGAGAACUUACUCCAAACAUAGCCAACCUAUUGCUGAUGUUUCUCCAUGAGAUGAAAUUCUGUUACUUGCCUCAAGCAUAAUAGGAGCCAAAUAGACUCUCCAAUGCCUGGAUCUUUCUACAAAGCAUAUGGGAUUUCAAGAGUGCCAGACAUUGCCAUGAAUGAGUAUAUAGGCAUAUUGGAUCGGGUUGCAGACUAUAAUACCUUUGAGAUAUACAUUUUCCGUUUUCCAUUCAUAAUUGAUUCAGUUACUGGUUAGCCAGUAGUAGUAGAUAUCCUGUAAUUUGUUGGAUUCAUGUAAAUUUCUUUGAUAUAAAGUGUUUAUCUAGAGGUCUAGCAGUAAAUGAAUUGUCUGCUCAUCAUUAUUAUAAACUACGCGUUAGGUCUGGUGCCUUACUGAAAUGCUUGUUAUCUGUGCUAUUGGGCGGCUGCUUUUGUUGAGCUCUUAGCAAAAAGACUGAAGCAGGUGAAACAUCAGAUCCAAUGGUUUUAUUUUUGAUAUGUCAUCAGUGGAUUUAGAGUCCAUAUUCUCUUGUUUAGGCAUAUCCCAACUUUUGUUAUUCAAGCUACCUCUCCAGACAAGCAAAAACUCUGUUGACAAUAAAGUGUUGGCUUAUUUCUGCUGU